AUGCUCAGGACUUCCGGGCGAAUUCGAGGAGUGGACGCUGCCGAGCAUUGUUCAAUGGCGGAAAUCACACCGGUGUUGUUGAAGUGGACCCCACACAAGCCUUAUAAAAAUACACCCAAGAUACUGGCGCAACGGUCUGGUGUGCCUCAUGUGGUCCGAGGUCGUUAUAUGUUCCGUGUGGACGACGUUGUCCGUCCAGCCGGUUGUAGCAACAAAACGGGAGGAACAUAUCCGAUGAUGAUCUAUCCAAACAUUGUGAAUAUGCUCGGUGAGAUGACAGUAGAUGUGAAUGCGCUGUGUCUGGAACGGAGUCAAACGUACAUUCUGAUGAUAGAGGAGAGAGAGGUUGCCUCAUGCGUUGUGAUCAACUCAGCCAUAGCCCGCUGCAGUCUACCAAAAAUCUAUGACUGGGGCACCAAGACUGUCUAUUUCCAACCACAAUCGAAAGGUGCCAAUGACGAGAAGGCAUUCGUGGGAUACAUCUAUUUUGUGCCGCCUACAUUGGACCCGCAGCGGUUGGAUAUUGGAAGCCUGUACGAAUGGUAUAAGAAUCCAAUGCCAAGCUAUUUGAUGCCCAUCACAUGGUAUCCACGAAACUUCACUAAUCCCGAACUAUUCAACAAUUUGAACCAAGUUGGUACGAGAAUAUCGGACGACGCUCUUUAUGGGGUCCAACUCGGUCUGUAUGUGAUCGGUUACAGAGAGUACAAGGAUGAUGAGAUCAAAAAAUUCCGUCCUGAACAUCGUGUUUUGGCACGCUUGGCGACUUACACCAAUCGAAACAGCUACGAAUAUCGCUGGAAGCCUCAAGAGGAGGUUAUCAAUCUUAAUCAGGUUCAACAAUGGUAUUUGACGGAUUGGGAGCGUUGGAACACGUUGUACACAUACCGUGUAGGCUACUUGAAAUUAGCUCCCAUGCGACCAAACGAUCAAAACGGGACGGAGAUGCUGGCAGGGUAA